ACGUUUAUGAUCUCGGAUUAUUUUGAAGAAAAAAGAAAUUGAAAAAACAAAAAUGUCCUCUCGGCGUGUUCUUACAGAUGAUUUAAAAACAUUAGAGUUUGAGACAAGUGAGGAUGUUGAUGUUACACCAACGUUCGACAGCAUGGGUCUUAGAGAAGAGCUGUUGAGAGGAAUUUAUGCAUAUGGUUUUGAGAAGCCGUCAGCCAUUCAACAGAGAUCCAUCAAACCAAUUGUCAAAGGCAGAGAUGUUAUUGCACAGGCACAGUCUGGUACAGGAAAGACGGCAACAUUCUCUAUUUCAGUUCUACAGUGCCUUGACACACAGGUCAGAGAAACCCAGGCACUGAUAUUAUCACCAACACGUGAAUUGGCAACACAGAUACAGAAAGUCAUCCUUGCACUUGGUGACUACAUGAAUGUACAAUGUCACUCGUGUAUUGGAGGUACAAAUAUCGGGGAAGACAUCCGAAAACUGGACUAUGGGCAGCAUGUAGUCUCAGGAACACCUGGCAGAGUAUUUGACAUGAUUAAAAGAAGAAACUUGAGAACAAGAUCCAUCAAGAUGUUAAUACUGGACGAAGCUGACGAAAUGUUGAACAAAGGAUUUAAGGAACAGAUUUAUGAUGUGUACAGAUACCUGCCGCCAGCAACACAGGUCAUAUUGAUUUCAGCUACACUCCCACACGAGAUCCUAGAAAUGACCAGCAAGUUUAUGACAGACCCAAUAAGGAUCCUUGUAAAACGUGAUGAACUGACUCUAGAAGGUAUCAAGCAGUUCUUUGUUGCCGUGGAGAGAGAGGAAUGGAAGUUUGAUACAUUGUGUGAUCUCUACGAUACACUCACAAUAACGCAGGCUGUUAUUUUCUGUAACACAAAGAGAAAGGUUGACUGGCUAACAGAGAAGAUGAGAGAUGCCAAUUUCACAGUGUCUUCAAUGCACGGAGAGAUGGUCCAGAAAGAAAGGGAGACAAUCAUGAAAGAGUUCAGAUCAGGGGCUAGUCGAGUAUUGAUAACCACUGAUGUGUGGGCAAGAGGUCUGGACGUACAACAAGUAUCCUUGGUCAUCAACUAUGAUCUGCCAAACAACAGAGAAUUGUACAUUCACAGAAUUGGUCGAUCUGGAAGAUUUGGACGUAAGGGUGUAGCCAUCAACUUUGUCAAGAAUGAUGAUAUCAGAAUCUUGAGAGAUAUUGAACAGUACUACUCAACGCAGAUUGAUGAAAUGCCUAUGAAUGUCGCUGAUUUGAUAUAAAAAGUCUUGUUCACCAGAAAUAGCAGCUGUUGUCAUUCAGAAUAAAAGGAUGUGUAGACAUUGAAAUUCAUUGUGUAAUUUGACAUUUUAAUGUAGAGAUAAUCGCGAACAGAAGUUACUUUAUGAUAGCUUUUUCUAUGUGUUGUAUAGAAAAAAAGGAUUUUUAUUAGGUUGCCUUUCGGCAAAUGAAAAGAUAGAAAUAGAUAUCAAUUUAUUGGUUAUAAUAAAACUUCUUCCUCAUCAUUUAGAUGAAGUUUGAAAAUUAACUUGAAUGGUUUAUAAUAUGACAUUUGCUGGUCUAGCAUGCUGUACUAAAUCUUUCUUUUUUUUUUUUGAAUUAAGGAAAUGAAAUUUUCGAAUUAUAAAGCAUGUAAUACAAAGUAUCAUUUCACUAUAAAAAAUAAACUACCUAACUGAGGUCAGGUAUUCUUAACAUUCCGAAAAAUGAAAUCACUUACAAGAACUAAAAAUGAAAGGUUUUUUUUUUUCCCCCUUUUUAAAAAAAAAACAAAACAUCUUGAGAAAUUUUCCUGUAGGGUUAAGGACAUUGUAUUUGUUUUUGUAAAAGUAUGUGGAAUACGUUUCUACAUGUUAUAUGUUUUUACUUUAAAAAAAAAAAAGGUUAAAAAAUGAUAAAGAGUAUACUGCCCAAAGUUCACAAAUUAAUCUGUUACAAACCUAUGUAGCUCAGCUGAUGACAAGAGAGGAGGGUAUACUAUAGGACUCAAAACAUUGAACUUAUAUGAAAUUCAUUUGAGCCGCACCAUGAGAAAACUAACAUUGUGCAUUUGCGACCAGCAUGGAUCCAGACCAGCCUACGCAUCCACGCAGUCUUGAUACAUGCUGUUCGCUUAACGGUUCCUCGAAUUGUAAUAUGCUUUUAAAGCUAUCAGGAUGGAUCCUGACCAGACUGCGCAGAUGCUCAGGCAGGUCUGGAUCCAUGCAGGUCGCAACACACUAUGUUGGUUAUCUCAUGGUGCAGCUCAGUUGUUAAGGUAUUGGACCCAUAAUGACAUUUAGCAAUUUCUGUAUUAUGUGUUUAUAGUAUAAGAUUUUGGCAUUUCCUGGCAGGUAGGAAAACCCUAUGCUUAUACUAGUAUGAGAAACAUUCAUGGCUGAAGAGAGCCAAAACUGGAUAGGUAGACUUUGUAAAGCAUGGAAGUUCAGAGUAGCCCCACAGAUACCUUAAUCAUGCUUUUUCAUGAUGUGACCAAGAAAUAAAAUAUGCAACCCAAAAUUGCUUUUCAUGACAUGAAAAUUGACUGUAUCCCGUAAUAUUUGUAAGAAAAAAACUUCUGUUUGUAUAGAAUAUAGGUGUUUAACAGACUGCCUGAUUAAGCACCAAAAUUUAAAUAAUAAUGAAAAGGGUGUAUUUGGUUUAAAUUGUUCUUGCAGUCAAACAAUCGAACGUUUUAUGUAAUCAUGAUUUCUUAUCGAAAAUAUCUGAUUACUUGAUUGAUACAUUUGCUUAUGUUUGAAUAUUAUAUGUUCAUGCACAUCAUUUCAUGUCACCUAGAAUCAUUGCCAUUAAUAGAAGAAAAUAUAUGUACAUGAUUCAUUCUGUAUUUUGGUAUUUAAAUGUGUCAAUAAAAUUGUACUGACUUUAAACUCUGUAUUUGUUCAGUAUAUGCAUUGUAAAUGAU